CGAGAGCUGGUGCCGGGUGGGCCGGGGGCGCGGGCCCAGGAGGCGGUGCUGGCCCAGCUCCGGGCUCCGGGCUGGGUCCCCAGUGACAGCGCCGCCCCGGGUAUGCCCGCGGGGACGCCGCUGGCCACCGGAGCGAGGUGCUGCCCUCCGCUACCAUGACCGAGGGCACUCUGGCCGCGGACGAGGUCCGGGUGCCCCUGGGCGCUUCGCCUCCGGCCCCUGCAGCGCCGGUAAGGGCUUCCCCAGCGAGUCCUGGGGCGCCGGGGCGCGAGGAACAGCGAGGAUCCGGGUCCGGCGUGUCGGCUCCCGAGAGCCCAGCGACCGAGUGUGGUGCGGACCUGGGCGCCGACGAGGAACAGCCCGUCCCAUACCCGGCACUGGCUGCCACGGUCUUCUUCUGCCUCGGGCAAACCACGCGGCCGCGCAGCUGGUGCCUCCGACUGGUUUGUAACCCAUAUCCUUACAGGGUUGGCAGGGCGCUGGGGGCUGGGGUGUGGGACUCCUUCUGCGUACGCCCUGUGAACCCCGUCUUGUGGGAUCCGGCGCGGGCUGGGUAGGGGUGCGAGGGCAGCGUUCUUCUCAGAGGUGGUAGGGUUACGCCUCGGAACUUGCUGGUGUGAUCUGGGUUCAGAGGCAGCUCGGGACGGGAGAGUAUGGGCGGAAGCAGCGAGGAUGCCGCCGGCUUGGAAGGGAAUGAAAGAUAGUUGUUAACUCCUGCCGUCCUGCCGUCGGAGAGGGGGAGAUGGGAAUCCCCGCCUUCUUAGCUUUCCAAAGGAACACCGGAGCCUAGGUGAAGCCCCUCUCUGGAGACUGGGAGGCCUGAAGGGGAGAAAGUUUUUCACCUGCUCUGUGGGCGCUGUGUUCCAGGCAGGGCUGGUCCCUGGCUCUUUCGCGGAGAGCCAGGGACGUUGGUUGAGAACUCAGCCUUUAAGGCUGAAGUCUGUUCAGGGGCUGAUUUAAGUCAGGCACAGCUGGGGUUAGGGGAGCAGGGAAGCAGCUAGCUUUGAACCCGACCCCCUUCUCCACAGUUGCCUGACUAGAGAGGGAGGGAUUGUGCCUUUUUAAUUUUCUUGGCCCCAAGGCUACAGACUUUCACAGAAGCUUCCAGAAAAGGGUUGGGUCAGUGCUGGAGGCAUUUUUGGGGUGAAAAAAAGAGGCUCCUGGCCACUGAGCAGGUGGCCUUUGGGGGACUGCCCUGGCAGGCUCUGAGGAGGAGCUGAAAAAAAAAAUGCCUGGUAUUGCUUGCUCCUUACCCCUCCCCCAGCAACUCAACAGAGCUGGUCACCAGGGUAGGCUGAGCUGUGGGUGCUGCUGCUGCCUUCCUGGGCUGGGUGGGUGGAGGGCCAGGGAGUUGACAUGGGCCCAUAAACACUCUUCGGGAGAGUCGGAGGCAGAGGCAAAAUGAGCAAUGUGUGUAUAUGUUUCUCUACCUUGUGUGUUUAACUGUAUAAAUAUUAAAUACAAAAGAGAAAUCUGUAC